CCCUGCUUCCCCACACACAAUACCCCAGGCCCUGAUCUCGGCACCCAGGGCUCAGAGCCGCGGCGGGCCCCGGUCAUCUCCCAUCAUCCCCCUCACCCCAGGCCCGGGAGAGUGUCUCCCUCUCGCCCCUCGAAGCCUGGGAUGUGGUGGGAUGGCCAAAGGGGCCGGGCCAACAGCUUUCGUAGAGGACAGCAGCUGAGACAAGGCCAAGGCAGAUUGAGUAAGCCCCAGGCAUGGACUACCGACCUUCUCCUCAUUUCCAGCCUCACCUGGCUGGCUUUUGUUAUGGGGGGUCUCAGUCAGGGACCCUGGGGGGAAUCCCAGGGAAAACCACGCAAGGCUUGGAGGAGCCGCCUCCCCCCGCCCGACACCCCAUUGCAGUUUGCCAACAGGAGAGUCUGUCCUUCGCUGGGUUCCCAGGGCACUUGGAGCUGGGCCCCUGGCCUCUUGAGGCCCCAGAUGCCUCCCAUGGGCUGCUGUGGCCACUGCCAGUGGCAGUUCCGGACAGCAGGGUCCCUGCCAGGAAACUGUCAGCUUUUGGAGAUGACGCCCUCAGUGAGUUCCUAGGAGGACCUCAGAGCCCCCAGUAUCCAGAAGCCCGACGCCGCACCAGCCACAGCUCUGAGGAGAAAUCUGCCUGGCGGAAGAUGCGGGUGUAUGAGAGCCAGGAGGCUGUGGAGAACCCUGGCUCCGAGGACGACGCCGUGUUCCCCAAAGUCGGGGCAGCCAUGCCCGAGCCGCAUUCCACUUUGGCAGCGCCCCGAUCUCUGGCGCUAGCAGUGCCCCAUGCAGAGGGAGCCAAGGAGCCAGAGAGGAGACGCUUCUCAGCCUCAGAGCUGAUGAGCCGGCUGCAGUCUGCCCAAAGGAAAGCCACUCUGUCCCUGUGUCUGGGCAAGGCUCUGAGCAGGGACCGAGGGCUCUGGGCUGCUGGGGAAGGGAGAGCCGCUGAGAAGGGGCCGAGCUGCUCAGAGACUGGGGUCAAUGGCCUUGUGCCCCCAACUGUGAGUGCUCCCGGUGAGAGGGACGAUACCUGGCCUGAUAGCAGGUCUGAUUCACUAGAGGAGCUGACCCCCAAAGCAUGGGUACCUCCUGAGCGGCGCCAGUCACGUUUCCUUCUUAAUUCUGUGCUGUACCAAGAGUACAGUGAUAUGGCCAGUGACCGGGAGCUGCAGCGGCAGAAGCAUGAGGAGGACACUUUAGGAGAGGAGGCCGAGGAGGAGGAGGAGGGGCCUGGCCCACCCAGGGCCAACCUGUCUCCAAGCAGCUCCUUCCGAGCCCAACGCUCGGGCCGGGGCUCCACCUUCUCCCUGUGGCAGGACAUCCCAGAUGUGAGGAGCAGUGGCUUCCUGGCCGUCAUCGGCCUUCAGGGAUGCAAGCUGCAAGAGGCCAAGUUUGAGCUGAUCACCUCAGAGGCCUCCUAUAUCCACAGUCUCUCAGUGGCUGUGGGUCACUUCAUGGGCUCCCCGGAGCUGGCCCAAUGUCUGGGGACCCAAGAAAAGCAGUGGCUCUUCUCUAAGCUGCCCGAGGUCAAGGCCACCAGUGAGAGGUUUCUGCAGGAGCUGGAGCAGCGGCUAGAGGAGGACCUUCUUCGCUUCUGUGUGUGUGACAUUGUCCUACGCCACUGCCCCGCCUUCCGGCGCGUCUACCUGCCUUAUGUCACCAACCAGGCCUACCAGGAGCGCACCUACCAGCGCCUGCUACUAGAGAACCCCAAGUUUCCUGGCAUUCUGGCCCGCUUGGAAGAGGCCCCCGUUUGCCAGCGCCUGCCUCUCACCUCCUUCCUCAUCCUGCCCUUCCAGAGAAUCACACGGCUGAAGAUGCUGGUGGAGAACAUCCUGAAGAGGACCACACAAGGCUCCCGGGGUGAGGACAUAGCCACCAAGGCCUUCAAUGAACUUAAGAAGCUGGUACAGGAGUGCAAUGCCAGUGUGCAGUCGAUGAAGAGGACAGAGGAACUCAUCCACCUUAACACGAAAAUUCACUUUGAGAGUAAGAUAUUCCCACUGAUCUCCCAGUCCCGUUGGCUGGUGAGGCACGGGGAGCUGGUGGAGCUGGCACCCUCCUCCGUGCCCGCUGCCCCCGCUGCCAAGCCCAAGGUGUCCACCAAGACCGUCUACCUGCAUGUCUUCAACGACUGCCUCCUGCUGUCUCGGAGGAAGGAGACGGGGAAGUUCGCCGUCUUCCUUUCUGCCAGUUUGCCUGAGAUCCAGGUGAAGGACCUGAGUUCAAAGCUCCAAGGAAUCCCGGGCCAUGUCUUUCUCCUGCAGUUCCUUCGCAGUCCCCAGCCCCCAAAGCAGCUCCUCCUCCGGGCUCAGACAGAAAGGAAGAAGCGGGUGGAUUCAGCAUGGCCUUCCAGGCAGGAAGCAAGGGGACCAUGGAGGGAAGAAGGCUCAGGAUGGAGCCUGGAGAGACCAACCUUGGAGGGCAGGAAGAGAAAACAAGGUCAGAAUGAGAUAGAAGAGCUAAGAGGCAGUCAUCCCCAAACCUUCCUGCCCCACCCUGCCUCCAGCCUUUGCUUGGAACCCUGCUCUAUGAUGCUUGGCCUCUCAGAGCUCCCCCAGGUGCAGUGCAUCAGGCCCUACAAGGCUCUGGAACCAGACGAGCUGACCCUUGAGAAGGCCGACAUUCUGGCCGUGAGGACCAGGACCAGUGACGGGUGGCUGGAGGGAAUCCGCUUGGCAGAUGACGAGCGGGGCUGGGUACCCCAGACCUACGUGGAUGAGAUCACUAGCCGCAGCGCCCGUCUUCGAAACAUCCGGGAGACCAGGAGGAUUGAAAGUGCCACCAAUAAACUACAGGAAAGUGCUGGAUGAUGCACUAGGGAGUGACCUCUGACUCCGGCUCCCUCACCCCUUUGUCCCACCCCCCAUCCCCACUAGUCUCUGCGCCCUCCCCCAGCCUCUACUGUCCAGUCCUGUCCAGGACAGGACAUCCACCCCAGCAUGGAAGAGUCUGCCCAGCAGGGACAGGGGACAGGGCGGCUGGUUGGAGGGAAUGUGCUCCAGCUCCUUUGUGCUUAGCUUCCUCAAGGACGCCUGGGAUGGAGGGAGCAACGGUGACCGUGUUAGCCUCUCCAGACUGGGGAGGGAAGCACACUGGCUGGAGGCCCCCUGAGUCUCUUGGCCCUUCUAUUGCUCCCUGAGGGCCAACCGCUCUAGUGACUGAUGUGGGAAAGGAUGUGACCGGACCCCGCCAGCCUCUUCCUGGACAGCCCAGCAAGAGCUGGGAAUUCCAUCUCAUUAAAUCACCUGCCUUUGUUUUCUUGGG